UUGAAGAAGCAGAGGUAGAAGAUUGGUGGAAAAAUAAAAAAAUGUUAACUGUGUUGAAGUCAAAGAAGGUGGACCCGAAGAAGAUACGCUCAACAACGUUGCUAUUAAUAAGAAAAAUGAGAUUUUGACAGGAGAAGCGACAAGUGCAGGUGGGAUAAUCCUCUCUGCUUCCUUUCCAUAAACAACAAACAAGAUCUCAAAGAUUUUGAUCCUCUCAAUCUCCCUUUCACAUCAUUAUAAACCAUUUCUCUCUUCCCUUUUUUCUCCCAUUUUUCUCACACCCCUUUUGCUUUCUACAUUCAAUUGAGGGAACAUGGCUGCCGCCGCUGAUCUUCUCAUGCCGGAAAUGGGUGCCGGAAAGUUGCACGUGCUCGCCGUUGAUGACAGCCACGUCGACCGCAAGGUCAUUGAACGCUUGCUAAAAAUCUCGUCUUGCAAAGUGACGGUGGUGGAGAGUGGGAGCAUGGCUCUGCGGUAUUUGGGGUUGGAUGGGGAUGAGAGCUCCAUUGGUUUUGAUGGUGUGAAGGUUAAUUUGAUUAUGACAGACUAUUCUAUGCCGGGGAUGACUGGAUAUGAAUUACUCAAGAAGAUAAAGGAGUCGUCUGUAUUUAGAGAGAUUCCAGUGGUGGUUAUGUCUUCUGAGAAUAUCUUGACCCGAAUUGAUAGUUGCUUGGAGGAGGGAGCAGAGGAAUUUCUGCUGAAACCUGUCAAGUUGUCAGAUGUAAAACGCGUAACAGAUUUCAUCAUGAGAGGUGAAGGAAAGAAUGGAAUAAGAAGAUCUCUGAAAAGAAGCCGAUCAGAUGAUCACACUCCAUCUCUAACAGCUGCAUUCUCAUCAGUUUCUCAUCCAUGCGAUCUAUCAUCGUCUCCAUCACCACCUGUAUCGCACUCGAAGAAAUCUAGAUUGAUCAUAGAUUGAGCAGUGCUGUUCAUGUCUCCUCCAUUUUUGCCAAAACAUUGUUCAUAUCCAAAAACCUCUGCUGUGAUUCACCUUCUUAUACUACACAUCGCUGACAAUGAGUAUUAGGAUUAGGAGUGAGGAAGAGGAUGACAGAAUCAUUUUGUUAGUUUGGCCGCUCACAUCUUUUUUUUUUAUUACUGAUUUUGCUGUUGUACAAAGAAAGUUCAAUGAAAUUAAUGAAACCCUCUAUUUUGAGGGGUCUUACUUCAAAA